GAUGACACCUUCAUAUCCGUAGCACACUGCAAUCUUACGCGUUUAAGGACUGGCUUGGCGACUGGCGACCACCGACAUGGAGCCGGCGGGAGGCGCGCCGCCCAAGGAGUUUGCGCCCAAAGUCGCUUGGGACCCUGAGGUCGAGGCCUACCUGCGGGGGGCGCUGGGCGAUGAGCGCUUCGAGCGCGCAGCCGCCGCCCUGUGCCGGCCGCCGCGUACGACGUGCCUGCGCGUGAACACCCUGCGGACCACGGCUGAGGAGGUGGUGGCGGCGGUGCGGCGGCAGCUGGGGCCGGAGGCGGCGGAGGAGGGCGUGGUGAGCAUCCACCCACAGGUGCCCUGUGCGGUGCUGCUGCGCGGCAGCGGCCCCCACGCUGUGGACUACGGCGCCGCGGGCGGGCGGGAGGUGGUGGUGAGCCGCAGGGCGGCGGAGGCGGUGCUGCGCGGCGCGCCCGUGUACGCGCCCGGCGUGCUGGCGGCCAGCGGCGGCGUGGGCCGCGGCGACCUGGUGGCGCUGGCGGCGGCGCGGGAGCGGCCCGGCACGGACACGCCGGAGAUCACGCGGGGCACCACCCUGUACGACUCGGCCCGCGCCCACACAGCGGCGGCGGCGGCGGCUGUAGGUGAUGGAGCCGCGAAUGCGACGAAGCCGGAUGCGUUGUCAACAGGCAUGGGCGUGGAGCCGGAUGUGGUGGGCAUGGCGACCGUGCCGUGCGGGGCAGCGGGAGGACCGGCGGGCGCAGCAGCCGGGGCGGCCGGAUUAGCAGCACCCACUGAUGUAGCGGCAGAAAUAGCGGCGGCAGGAGCGGCCGCGGGGGAGGCUGCUACUACUGCUGCAAUGCAGGAAGGGGAGGGGCUGGACGCAGAUGGGGAGGGGGAGGGCGCCGCUGCGGGCAGCGAGGCAGGGGCCCGGGACGGAACGGCCGCCGCCUCCACGUCUGCGGGGGCGGCUGAGGUGGCCGCGGCGGCGGCGGGGCCCUGCGGCGGCGCAGAGACGCUCUCGGUCCGCGCGCGGCGGAGACAGCGGCACCGGCAGUACCAGCAGCAGCAGCAGCAGGGCGGGGCGGGGACGGUGGAGCCGCUCAGACACAAGGGCCGGCGGCAGGCGGAACAGGCGGGACAGGCGGCUGCAGCGGCAGACGCAGCGGUGGACGGGACACGGCCGACAGAGGCUGUCCCGGACAUCGGCUCAGGCCCGGCCUCCGCCGCGGCCGGGCCCCACCACCACCCUCACCACCAGCCCCACCCGCAGCCGCAGCCGCUGCCGCUGCCGGCGGGCUGGACGCCCAGCAGCCAGGGCCCGGUGCCGCCGCGCACGGGCCUGUACGUGGGGCUGGCGCGGGCGGUCAUGGGCCGGCAGGAGAUGUUCCGGGCGCGUGAGGGGCUGGCUCUGGAGCUGGUGCAGCCGGUGUUCCGGGUGCCGCCCGCCGUCAGCGGGCUGCCCCCGGGCUGGGUCAUGCUGCAGAACCUGCCCAGUGUGGUUGCGGCACUGGUGCUGGCGGCGCCGCUGCCCGCGCCGGCGCCGACACCGGCAGGAGGCUCGGACGGAGGCUCGGAGGGGGGCUUGGGUGGCCAGCCCGGCGGUGGCUGUGGUGGUGGUGGUGGCGGCGGCUCCUCGAGGCCGGGUCUGGCUCCGGGCAUGCGCGUGUUGGACAUGUGUGCGGCGCCGGGCGGCAAGACCACCCUGAUGGCGGCGCUGAUGGGGGACGUGGGGGAGGUGGUGGCGUUCGACCGCACACACGCCAAGGUGGCGGAGGUGGUGGCCCUGGCCAGGGAGAUGGGCGCCACCUGCAUCAAGGCGCACAAGAUGGACGCCGGUCGCGCACUCGCCCUCCCGCCCAGCGCUGCGACCACCGCCGCUGAUGCCGCCGCUGCCGGCGGUGCCGGCAGCGGCGGAGGCCAGGGCGCGGCGGCGGCUGUGCAUGCGGACUCGGCAAAGGGGACCUCAGGGUCCUCCGCUUAUAGCGGCCAGCGGCAGGAGCUGCAGCCGGGUCAGCAGCAGCCGGGUCAGCAGCAGCCGCUGUCGGACAAGGCCCGGCUGCGUGAGGAGCGGCGUCGCGCCAACAUGCUGCGGCGGGGCAUCACGCCGCCCGAGCCGGCCGCCGCAGCAGCCGCCUCCGCGCAGCCCGGCUGCUUCCCGCCCGAGUCCUUUGACGCGCUGCUGCUGGACGCGCCCUGCUCCGCGCUGGGCCUGCGGCCGCGGCUGCAGCAGCAGGCGGGCGCGCUGUACCUGCGCCAGUGCGCCGCCGCGCAGAGGCGACUGGUGGACGGCGCGGUGCGGCUGCUGCGGGUGGGCGGGGCCAUGGUGUACUCCACCUGCACCAUCAACCCCGGCGAGAACGAGGCGGUGGUGCGCUACCUGCUGGACAGCUACGGCGGCUCCAUGCGGCUGGUGCCGGCGGGGCCGCCCUUCCUGGGCGGGCCGGGCCUGGUGGGCGCACACCCCACACAGGCGGAGCCGGGCGUGCCGCGGGCGGCUGCAGCCGCGGCUGCGGCAGCUGCGGCGGCUGCGGGCGACAAACCCGGGGCCGGCAGUGGUGGGGUGGGAGGUGGUGUUGAUGGCGUGGGUGAGCGGUGGCUGACGGAGGCGGAGGCGCCGCUGGUGCAGCGCUUUGACCCGGCGGCGGGGGCUGGUGGCGCUGAUGGUGAGAGUGAGGGGGCGGACGUGGCGGCGGACCACAUCGGCUUCUUUGUGGCCAAGUUUGUCAAGACGGCGCCGGUGCCGUGGGAGUAGCGGCGGCGGCGGGGAGUGGGUCAGCAGGGCGCUUGGAGAGUGGGGGCUGCAGGCGGAGCUACAGGCGGGGCCGUCAUGUGCUAGUGUCAGGUGUGUGCUGCUGGCGCAAGGGGGCUGUGGCACGACAGGCAGGCGCACGCCGCACGGGGUUGUCGGGGCGUGCCGGACGGAGCAGCUCAAGGCUGCGAUCGCGGCCCCGCCGCCGCAUCUGGAGCGGAACGCAGAGAUGUGCAGUGCAGUGCAGCGGAUGCGGGUGGAUAUGCGCAGGAUGGCAGUCUGAGCGCCGUGAGCAAUGUUACUGUGAUUGCGUUUUGAAACGAUGCAUGGCACAUUCAGACCACAGUGGAGGCUGCAGUGGCCAGAGACUCGAGAGGGCUUACACAUUGCAGGCGCAGCGCACACAUCAAGUACGCAUGACAUUACACUCAUGCGCUUCAUCCGCCCUCCUCCAAUGUGUACAGCGCCUGUAAGAACAGCAGAUG